GCGCACCCGUCUGCCGUUUCAGCAUAAGCGCCGCGUCUUUUCUCUGCCAUUAAUCGCCAGAGAUCGCCUCCCAUCGCGGUAAAAGCGAUGGUGAUCGAUCUGACCGAUUCACCAUGCCGAAUGCCAUCAUCAGCUGGUUCCGGCGCCGGCGCGUCGCAAGAAGCAGCAGGAGGCAGCGAGCGCUGUCGGCAUCGUCCGCCAUCGUGAAAGAGGCUCUGCCCGCACCACCGCAUCCGAAGCUCCCCUCGCAGCGCCGAGCUCGCCUCACUCCAACGCCGUCAUGCGACGACUUCGUCUCUGCUGCCAAUGCCGCCACCGCAAACAGCUUCUUCUUCACCAAGCUUCCCUUGGAGAUCCGUCGCAAGAUCCUCAUCGAGGCCUUUGGGGGUCGGACGGUCCACAUGGAUCUUGUUUACGACCACCCACUGCUGCCUCCAGAAGAAGGGGCCUUUAUACUUGAGGAUGGCACGUGGCGAAGACCGCCUCAUGGCAAUAUGAACCUUCGCUUUCAAGGUGGCAGCUGCGAUGUGCAAAACCUCAGACUGGACGACUCGCGACCGAAAGAGUGGGCAUGGAGAAGCUCUGUCUGUCACCGAAAUAUCCCAGGUUGUCCUCCUACCCUGCGAAAUCAGCCCGCCGAAGAUUACUGUCGAUUUGGCCAGACGGAAUGGCAGCGCGUUUGCUUAACCUGGCCAGGCGAGUUCCCGACCAAGUGUCUGAUAGGGGCAAUGGGGUGGCUGCGCAGCUGUCGCCAAGCAUACGUCGAGGGCAUCGAUAUCCUGUACUCCACCAACACGUUCCACACAGCCAGCAAGGAAAUGAUCCUCAGCCUCAAAUCCAUUCUCCUCCCUCAGCGAUUAUCCAGCAUCACCUCCGUAGAGCUCCUGUGGGACUUUGCGCCGUUCCCGAGCAUCCAUCCGCAAGUUGUCAAGCCGCCUUUAUCAGAUAUGGCAAGCUUCCACGCAUUUCUCAACGCCAUCCCAACCACGUUUCCCGCCAUAAAAAGGCUGCACAUAUCACUGCAAGGACGGCUAUAUCCGACCAAAACUGUCGACGGUAGAACAACCUGGGAUAACAACAUCGACAGAACCGACGAAAUCCUGCAUCCGGUGGAUAACUUUGUCUUGGAGCUAGCCCCCAACGUGCAAGACUUUUCGCUCGGCAUUCCAAGCUCUCUAUACAUACAUCAGCGAGACCGAGCUCUCAAAAACAAAGACCCAGUAGAGCAAGCUCACCUGAAACAGAAUGAGCGGCAUUGGAGGCCGCUAAAGGGCUCUGCGGAACGAUCAGGAUACUGGGUAUGGCUGGGACAGAAGGAUUUCACCAUGCCAGUUAUAUGCACGAUGGGUGAAGGGGGAGGCUUACGAGAUUUCGUCGGAGAGGAGAACUGGGUCCUUUAUAAAUUCUAGACGUGCGUCUCUUUUUUAUUCCCCUCGUUUUGGAUUUCCUUAUACCGUGUCGUUAUACCAUUGUCUUUUCGUCGCAAGAAUAUGGUGUAAGCCCGAGUCUAUUUUCGGGUUACCCUACGCCGAGCAUUUCUGUCCUCUCAGCGAGCUAUUUCAUAUACUUUUGUCUAUACGCUCAUCUAUAUAUAUAUAUACCUAUUUAAAUAGCAAUUCAUCAG